UCACUAACGCGAUUGAGCUAUCGCCGUAAACUGACUACACCAGCGCUCUCUGGGUCCAGAUAGACAACAAUAACGGGAGAGACGCGGACCCGCUACGACCACCGACAAACCGGCCAUUCGCGUCGAUUUAGCGACACGUCGACGACGAACAUCGCUGUUUCUCGGCCGCUGCCACUCUGUUAGCUAACGUUGCCAGGUGGACAAAAUGGGGCGGAUCUUCCUCGAUCACAUUGGUGGGACUCGCCUCUUCUCUUGUGCAAACUGUGACACAAUCCUGACCAAUCGAGCAGAACUGAUCUCCACGCGCUUCACCGGGGCCACUGGACGAGCUUUCCUUUUCAACAAGGUUGUGAAUCUGCAGCACAGCGAUGUGCAGGACCGAGUCAUGUUGACAGGACGACACAUGGUGAGGGACGUCAGCUGCAAAAAUUGCAACAGCAAGGUGGGCUGGACGUACGAGUUCGCCAACGAGGGAAGCCAACGCUAUAAGGAGGGCCGUGUGAUUCUGGAGAGGGCAUUGGUGAGGGAGAGCGAGGGCUUUGAGCAUGUUCCCUCUGACAACUCCUGAGAUCACUUUGGUUGCAGUUACAAGGCUCAAUUCGAGCACGCUACAGCUUUCCCCUGCAGCAGCAGUGCAUGGAUGUAAUGGACACCGUGCCAUUUAUGAGUAGAAUUGCACCAAUACAAUAUCCCAGACUAGGGUCAUUGUGGGAAGUUAAAAAAACAACAACAAGUGGUUGAUAUUUUUCUGUAACUUUUAACAUCUAAGAAUAUCUUCUAUGAUGGGUAAGGCCCAUGCUUCUCUACCAUUUAAAAUUGCCUGCAGUUUGAAUGUGUUCCCAACAUGCUGUGAUGUUUAGAAAAUGUGUUGGUUUUCGCUCAUGCUGCCCUACAAGAAGGUCAGUGAAGUUGUGAAGUAGAACAUGAACUAUGUUCUUCACAAAAGAUGUUGUCCCUAAGUAGUAUGUUGCAAUAUAUUUAUUUGCCUGACAAGUGUGCAAUGAGUUCAAUGUGUCAGAAAUUAUUUACUUUAACUGAAUAUGAAGUAACUUUUCUGUAAUAUUAGCUGUAUCGCAGUGCUCCCUAAAAGCAUCAAUAAUUGGGAUCAUAUUGUCGUUAUCCGUGUAUGACCUGUAGAGUUAAGACAUCAACACUUUUAUUUUAUAGUUCAACCAGUUUUUACCGGAAUGGAAAAUUGCAUUCACUGAUUUCCGGCAUUUAAUUAGAAUAUUUGGUGUCAAUUGGUAUAAUACUUAACCAAAACCCAUUGUCAAAAAUAAAUACAUUGAAAAAUC